AUGGACAACAUAGAAGGGGUUUUAAACACAGUACAAGUGGUCUUGAUAGGUAUGACGAUCGCCAAGUUCCUUCUAAACACUGGUUGUUUUUUACCAGCCAUAGAGUUGUGUGAGGAAUGUUUGAUUUUACUAAACAGUGAGGCGCUUGAUAAGGAUGGUCCAAUUACCGACUCAAUUCUCGUUAAGAGUAUCUUAAGAGUAGAAGCAAUGGUUUACAGAAACCAUGGAAAAGUGUUUCAAUUGCUUGCACUUGCUAUCGCAUUGGAAAUUGGUGACAAGAAAGAAGAAGCAACAGUUUACGGAGACAUCGGGAACCUGUUUACGUUACUAGGUGAACAUAACAAGGCACAAGAAUAUUACAAGAAAGCAUUGGCCAUUAGAAUGAAAAUUGGUGACAGAGAAGGAGAAGCAGCGGAUUACGAAGACCUAGGAACAGUGUUUCAAUCGAUUAAUAAUUAUGACCAAGCGAAAAAAUAUUACAAGGGAGCACUUGCUAUCACAUUGGAAAUUGGUGACAGAAAAGGUGAAGCAGCGAAUUACGGAAACCUAGGAACAGUGUUUCAAUCGCUUGGUAAUUAUGACGAGGCACAUCAAUAUUACAAGAAAGCGCUGGUCAUCGCAAUGGAAAUUGGUGACAGAAAAGGAGAAGCAGCGGUUUACCGAAAUUUAGGAAGCGUGUUCCGAAUGCUUGAAUGUUACGAGAAAGCUCUGGCCAUCAGUCUAGAAAUUGGUGACAGAAAAGGAGAAGCAGCGGUCAACAGAAAUUUAGGAACAGUUUUUCAAUCGCUUGGUAAUUAUGCUCAGGCGCAAGAAUUUCACGAGAAAGCACUUGCCAUCUCACUGAAGAUUGGUGACAGAAAAGGAGAAGCAGCGGUUUACCGAAAUUUAGGAAGCGUGUUCCGAAUGCUUGGUAAUUCUGCCCAGGCGCAAGAAUAUCACAAGAAAGCAAUUACCAUCAGAAAGGAAAUUGGUGACAGAGCAGGAGAAGCGUCACAAGAAUAUUACGAGAGAGCACUUGCUAUCAUACUGGAAAUUGGUGACAGAAAAGGAGAAGCAGCGGUCUACGGAAAUUUAGGAACAGUGUGUCAAUCGCUUGGUAAUUAUGCCCAGGCGCAAGAACAUCACGAGAAAGCACUUGCCAUCACACUGGAGAUUGGUGACAGAAAAGGAGAAGCAGCGAAUUACGGAAAUUUAGGAACAGUGUUUCAAUCUCUUAGUAAUUAUGCCCAGGCGCAAGAAUAUCACGAGAAAGCACUUGCUAUAAGACUGCAAAUUGGUGACAGAAAAGGACAAUCAGCGGAUUACGGAAACCUAGGAACAGUGUUCCGAGUGCUUGGAAAUUAUGACGAGGCACAAGAAUAUUAUGAGAAAGCACUGGCCAUCAGUCUGGAAAUUAGAGACAGAGAAGGAGAAGCAGUGAAUUACGGAAAUUUGGGAACAGUAUUUCAAUCGCUAGGUAAUUAUGCCCAGGCUCAAGAAUAUCACGAGAAAGCACUUGCCAUCACACUGGAGAUUGGUGAUAGAAAAGGAGAAGCAGUGAAUUACGGAAAUUCAGGUAAAGUUUUUCAAUCGCUUGGUUAUUAUGACCAGGCGCAAGAAUAUCACGAGAAAGCACUUGCCAUCACAAUGAAAAUUGGUGAUAGAAGAGGAGAAUCAGCGGAUUACGGAAACCUAGGAGCAGUCUUCCAAUCGCUUGGUAAUUAUGACAAGGCACAAGAAUAUUACAAGAAAGCACUGGUCAUCAAACUGGAAAUUGGUGACAGAAAAGGAGAAGCAGUGGUUUCCGGAAACCUAGAAACCGUGUUCCAAUCGAUUGGUAAUUAUGACGAGGCGCAAGAAUAUCACGAGAAAGCACUGGCUAUCAAUCUGAAAAUUGGUGACCAAAAAGGAGAGGCAGAGGCUUAUGGAAACCUAGGAACAGUGUUCCAAUUGCUUGGUAAUUGUGCCCAAGCACAAGAAUAUUACGAGAGAGCACUUGCUAUCAGACUGGAAAUUGGUGACAGAAAAGGAGAAGCAACAGAUUACGGAAACCUAGGAACAGUAUUUCAAUCGCUUGGUAAUUAUAACAAGGCGCAAGAAUAUCACGAGAAAGCACUGGCUAUCAAUCUGAAAAUUGGUGACCGAAAAGGAGAGGCAGAGGCUUAUGGAAACCUAGGAACAGUGUUCCAAUUGCUUGGUAAUUGUGCCCAAGCACAAGAAUAUUACGAGAAAGCACUUGCUAUCACACUGGAAAUUGGUGACAGAAAAGGAGAAGCAACGAUUCACGGACACCUAGGAACAGUGUUUCAAUCGCUUGAUAACUAUAACAAGGCACAAGAGUAUUACAACAAAGCACUUGCUAUCACAUUGGAAAUUGGUGACAGAAAAGGAGAAGCAACAGUUUACGGGAAUCUAGGAACAGUGUUUCAAUCGCUUGGUAAUUAUAACAAGGCACAAGAAUAUUUCGAGAGAGCACUUUCUAUCACAUUGGAAAUUGGUGACAGAAAAGGAGAAGCAACGAUUCACGGACACCUAGGAACAGUGUUUCAAUCGCUUGAUAAUUAUAACACGGCACAAGAGUAUUACAACAAAGCACUUGCCAUCACAUUGGAAAUUGGUGACAGAAAAGGAGAAGCAGCGGAUUAUGGAAACCUAGGAACAGUGUUUCAAUCGCUUGGUAAUUAUGCUAAGGCACAAGAAUAUUACGAGAAAGCACUUGCCAUAAGAAUGGAAAUUGGUGACAGAAAAGGAGAAGCAACGGACUACGGAAAUCUAGGAACAGUGUUUCAAUCGCUUGAUAAUUAUAACAAGGCGCAAGAAUAUCACGAGAAAGCACUUGCUAUCAGACUGGAAAUUGGUGACAGAAAAGGAGAAGCAGCGGAUUACGGAAAUCUAGGAACAGUGUUUAAAUCGAUUGGUAAUUACGCCCAGGCACAAGAAUAUCACGAGAAAGCACUUGCCAUCAGACUAGAAAUUGGUGACAGAAAAGGAGAAGCAGCGGAUUACGGAAACCUAGGAACAGUGUUUCAAUCGCUUGGUUAUUAUAACAAGGCACAAGAAUAUUACCAGAAAGCACUUUCUAUCAGACUGGAAAUUGGUGACAAAAAAGGGGAGGCAAGGGAUUACGGAAACAUCGGGACCCUGUUUUCGUUACUAGGUGAAUAUGACAAGGCUCAAGAAUAUUUGGAGAAGGCCUUAUUAAUAAGCAAGAAUAUUGGACACAACUUGAACGAAUUUCGUUGCCUUCGUCAACUAACGCUGUUGAAGCUAUCACAAUUUAAUCUCAAAGAGGCCAUGUCAUAUCUUUUUCAGUGUAUUGGAAAAUUCGACACGUUGCGAGGUUUCCUUAAAGAUGACGAUCAGUUUAAGACUUCUCUUUUAGAGGAGCACGGCAAUUUCCCAUACAAGUUGCUCAGCUACUUGCUUUCUUCUACCGGCGAGCCAAGAGAUGCUCUUUAUGUUGAGGAGCUGAGACGGGCAAGAGGCCUCGCCGACUUCAUGGCAGCCAAGUACUCUGUUCAAGAGCUGAUCUCAGGAAAUCCACAGUCAUGGCAUGGCAUUCAAAAUAUCAUCCCAAAAGAAACGGACUGUACAUGUCUUUAUAUUUCAGUUGAAAAAGAACAUGCACGGUACUGGAUUCUCGAAGCAUCAGGAGCCAUUCAUUUCUCACGAAAGAAAGUGAGUCUGGAGAAACGCGUGGUGACCCAAUUAGUUCCUGAUUUGGACGAGUUUUUCAAAGAGAGCUUCCGCAGCCUUGGCAUUUUACCUCAACAGAAUUGCGAAGAUCGAUCAUUAGAUGACACAGAAUCGAUGCCACCUCACAAGCCCAUGCGUGACUAUGAUCCAAAAGAUUUCAAAACGAAUCUUCAGUCGUGUUACGAGUUAAUCAUCGCUCCCGUGGCCGAUUUACUGAAAGAGCCCGAGAUUUUAAUUGUCCCUGAAUCCUGUAUGUACCAAGUCCCAUUUGCUGCCAUUAGUGAUGAAGGAGGACUCUAUUUAGUGGACACUUUCAGGAUUCGCGUCGUUCCCUCUCUGACGACUCUAAAGCUGAUUCAGGACAGUUCCCCAGACUAUCACAGUCAGAGAGGAGCACUGAUAGUGGGUGAUCCUGAGGUUGGCGAGGUGCUUUUGAAAGGAAAACGCACGAUCCUAAAAUCAUUGCCAUGCGCACGAAAGGAAGCAGAAAUGAUUGGACGACUUCUUGGAGUGACACCUUUGACUGGAGACCGUGCAACAAAGGAGGCAGUUCUUGAUGCAAUAAAUUCAGUAAGUCUGAUUCACUUUGCUGCCCAUGGUGAUCGCGAAAGAGGAGAGAUUGCUCUCUCUCCUAAUUGCCCCACCAAUUUCAUUCCACAAGACGAAAACUUCCUUUUGACGAUGGCGGACAUUUCAAAAGUUCGGCUGCGAGCUAAAAUGGUGGUACUCAGCUGUUGUCACAGUGCUCGUGGGCAGAUUAAAGCCGAGGGAAUUAUUGGAAUCGCUCGAGCGUUCUUAGGAUCUGGUGCUCGUUCAGUGUUGGCGGCACGGUGGGCCAUAGAAGACACAGCCACGGAGGAAUUCAUGAGAUGUUUCUACCAAAACUUGUUCCGCGGUAAAAGUGCAAGUGAAUCCCUUCACGAGGCCAGGAAAUGGUUGAGAAAGAACGGCUUCGAAAAAGUUUCUCAGUGGGCUCCCUUCAUGCUUAUUGGCGAUAACGUGACAUUUGAUUUUGAAAAUUGGUCCGGGUCUAAAACAUCCAAACAGCCAUGA